GCAGGCUCGCUGCUGCACUAUACUGAUUAGUGAUUAGUGAUGAGAUUACUGACAAAUGGCAACGUAUAUUCACUAUGUAUUAUGGUCGUAUUAUUGUUCCGUGAUAGUUUGUAGUUAGUUGUAAUAGUUGUACUUGUAGCGCUGAAGCAUAGAACAUUAUGUCCUAUUUCAGGAUAUAUCUUGCAUGCGCAAACCAUAAAUAGUGUGAAUUUGCAAUUUUUCUGUUAAAUCAAUACCGCCGUAAAAUUAUGUCCUCAAAUUACCAUCUGUUGGCUGCAAACUGAUUUACCAGUCUACAUCAACUGGUUUAACGAGGCUCCUUCAAGAUGAACAAACCGCAGUUGAAACCAGAACAGCACAAGAAAUAUUUUCGCCGCUCGUUGGACCUGUUGCCUGGUGAGGUAGCUGUGUUUGAUUAUUCACGGCUCACCAUUCUAUAUUUUGCACUCAUCGGUUUGGAUAUAUUGGACGGCUUAGAUUCACUAACUGAUGACCGCAAGAAGGACAUUGUCGAGUGGGUAUACAGGCUGCAGUUGGUGCCCAAUGAAUAUUGUUCUGUGCACAAAUGUGGUUUCAUGGGUUCCACCACCGUCAUUCAUUUGAAGAAUCAUCCCGGCAGUGAAAAGUAUUGCGAAAGCAAUGUUGCUAUGACGUACAUGGCAUUGUGUAUUCUGAUUACAUUAGGUGACAAUCUAAGCCGUGUCAAUAAAUCAGCCGUUCUUCAAGGUGUAGCAUCUCUGCAAAAGUCUGAUGGAAGUUUCAAAAGCAACUAUGAACAUGGUGAAAGUGAUUUGAGAUUUGUGUACUGUUCACUUGCAAUAUGUAACAUAUUGAACGAUUCAUCUAGUAUCAAUGUAAAUAAUGCCAUUAAAUUCAUUUCAAAUUGUCUGAACUAUGAUGGAGCUUUUGGACAAAAUCCAGGAACUGAAUCGCACGGUGGUUCUACUUAUUGUGCGAUUGCGUCAUUAUCUCUGAUAAAUAAAUUAAAUCAUGUGUUAGAUAAGAACAAAUCUAGAAUUUUAGAGCGCUGGGCAGUGAAUCGACAAACCAAUGGCGGUUUUCAAGGAAGACCUAAUAAAGAUCCAGACACUUGUUAUUCAUUUUGGUUAGGUGCUACACUCAGUAUUAUGGGAUCACUUAAUAGAAUAAAUAAAGAGAGAAAUAGAGAUUUUGUUCUUAAUAAUGCUAAUUUAUUGACUGGUGGAUUUAGUAAAAAUAUGGAUUCUAUACCAGAUCCAAUGCACACCUGCUUAAGUUUGUGUGGAUUAAGUUUAAUUGGAGAAGAAAACCUAAACCCUAUUAAUCCUGCAUUAAAUAUUACCGUGAGGGCGGCAAAUUAUUUAAAACAAAUUCAAGGAGAUUUUACCUUACCAAACCAAAAUAAAUUCAAAACAGACACUGAUUGUUAAAUGAAUUGUGCCUGUAUUACAUGUUAAUUUUUAAGAAACAAUAAAUCUAGGCAGUAAUUUGUUUAUAUCAACCAUGACUGAUUUAUAUUUUUUUCUACAACUGAACAAUUAAAAAUAUACCAAAUAAAUGUAUACAUUUUAAUAUUAACAA